AUGCCUGCUAUCGACACACAGCCAGCUCCAAUUUCUUCUCCCGCUCGCAGUAUAUCAAAGUCCAUCAUUUCUCAAUACUCUCAACUAGCCCCAAGGCUCGCUGUCGAAUCUUUCGACCUCUCACCCUUUUCAGAGUCAUUCACUGGUCUUCUUGACGACGAUAUUGCAACAUCCCUGUUGUUUCCGGACCCUCCGGACCCUCAGAAACAAGCAGGCAUGGUCUCGGACCUGAGUUAUGACGUCGAGAUUAAGGAUAUUGCUGAUCUCGCUCCUCGUUUUAGGGAUGGAGAAAUUGAGGAAGUGAUGGUCAUUUCACCGAAACCAAGACUCAUCCAUUCCUCCAGGCAAGGCGUGAAGGCCGGUGAUGUGGGUUUUGUGAAUAUUGAUCCAAGUCUACGCUCAGACAUAGCCGUGCAGUUCCGACCACUCUACACACUGUUCAAAGAUUCCAUCUCAUCGACACAUCUAUGCCGAAAACGUGACGACCUCAAAUUCUAUGCUAUGCGAAUUUUGAACAAGGAGCGCCUUCAAAUUCGCAGUCCUCAUGAUCACAUCCAACUUCAAAUGGAAAUUUGCCAGGAAAUUCGCGAACUGCGGUCUUCUUUCCUCUCACCAUUCAUCUGGAUCCACGAGGAUGGCCUUGAAAUUCAUUCCAUCGCGGAGUUUUACCCUAAUGGCAGUCUCCAGGAUUUGCUCGACCGCGACACGAGCCUUAGCGAAAGCCACGCCCUGCACAUAGCUUCCGAAAUAGUAGAGGCGCUGGACACACUUCAUACUGCUGGCAUAAUUCAUCGUGAUCUAGCACCAUGUAAUAUCAUGUUCGACACGUCGGGACAUGUAGUUAUUGCGGGGUUUGGGUGGGCGCAUGAUUUUAGUGUUGACUGUUGGAGCUUUGGCCUGCUGAUAUACAUGAUGCUUUUCGGAUCUCACCCAUACGUUGCCGACAACGACAACGACAACGCUGCCAUCCUGCAAACCAAGGUCCUUCACUGCCCGCUGAUGGUUCCCCAGACAGUGUCAGUAUCAUGGGCAGCACAAGAUCUUUUAGUCAAAUGUUUGGAGCGCAAUGCAGCCCUUCGCUUGGACAUCAAACAGAUUAGGGCGCAUACAUACUUCUGCACUGUGCAUUGGAACAACGUGACCAACAGGGUUGGCAAGGCACCCCUCGGAUACGAUGAUGAGAAUCCUGAUAUCAACAUACGACACUCUGAAGAUAAUAUGACUGUUUCAGAUGCAAAGAAAGUGGCGGUCCUUACAGAAGAUGAACCUCUGACCUUGGCCGAAGAGAGAAUCGUUGAUUCAUUCACCCCCAUGCCACAACGAAUAGUAAAACCUAAAACUGGAUCUCUCCACGCGCAAAAAGAUGCUAUUCUCAAAACACAAAGACGUAUCUCUUCACAAAGCACUCGCCUAGAAAUUGUACCUGAAGCUUCUGACGAAGAGGAAUCCCUGGACGUAGGUCAAGUGGAGUCGAGCGCGCAAGAUUAUGUACGACGUUUCAGGCAGCGCUCUGCAGUCAUGGACCUAGGACACACUCCGGCAGGUCCAUUAUCAUUGUGGGACGCUCUUGAUUUGGAGAUCAACUCCGUUUCCUCGCACUACUCUAACCCGAGCACAACCAGUCGUGAAGAGCCACCGGAGAACUUUGGCACACUGCGAAAAAGUCGGUCGGUAACCUUUCAAGAUCGUGCCCGGUCCACCCUAUCUAUCGCAAGCACUGUCCCUUCCACCAAAUUGCAUGUCCGAAAUAAGCUUCGCAAGAGGAUGCGUUCUGCAAGCACCCCUACACUUAGGUCUCCUCACCUUGAUCCGUUGCUCAAGGGACUUCCCCUUGGCGUCAAACAGAUUGGCUACGGCAUCGGUUUCAGCCCCCCUAUGGAACCCCUUUCUUCUCGCUCGAAAUCGGUUUAUCGAUCCGCUAUCCGCGCAUGUCAAAAGCUGGUGCCAGUCAUACGUCGCAAAAUCUCCAGAAAGACCUUAUCUAAACGCAAGACAUCCUCGCCGACAGACUCAAGUAGUGCCCGUGACGCGACUGCAGUAAUGCGUGGGCUCUAUGGGCCAACCUGGACACUUGGUAUGGAGUCCCUGCCACCUUCUGCGGCUACAGACACACUCUCGGCCACAACCAACGACUCGGAAGGCCCAGUGACACCAGAGACUCCGUUCUUUGCUCAGACAGUGGGAAUAGUGCACCAUGAGUCAUCCACCCUUCGCUUGGUACCGUCCUCGGGUCUUCAGUCUUUUUUGUGAUUAUUUUUUCAGCCUCGCAAUCACGCCGCAUUUUAUUGAUAUCGAUGUUCCCUUUCGAAGCUCAAUUUUUUCCUUUGAUCAGCUCCCUUAUCCAAUUGCAGGACUUUGUCAUAAAAUGGAUGUCUUAACACUCGCCUGUGCAUUAUUGUUGUUGUAAUAUGCAUGUAAUUUUUUGGCCUUUUUGUACAUGACAAUGUUAGACC